AGGGGCCGGGCCGCGCUGCUCCUAGGCUUUCCCCGCCGCGCUGCUAGUGCUGCUGUCCUCCGAGCAGCGCGGGUCGGAGGCUGCCGGCGCCUGGCGAUGGGAAGCGGCGCAGCCGCGGACCCAGGCAGUGGCAAAGUUCCCCAGACGUGCGUUUUGGGUCGCUCUGCUGCUGGCCAUCCGUGACGGCUCUGAGAAGCUCCCAAGGAUUAAAAAAAAAAAUCUUUGAAAAAAAGAAAAAAACCCACUUCAUUUCCUUUGUCAGCUCUCUCCGGGUGGCAAGAGGCGACAGCUGCAAACUUGGGCACGGAGGCUCCGCAGCCCGCGGACUGGCUUUGGAGGAACCCCGCGACUCAGGUGCGGGCACGCCCCGCGGCCCGGCCUUGCCCGGGGGUGUGAGCGCGGGGCAGUCCGGGGGGCGAGAAGAGGAGGGGCCCCGGGAGCUCUAUAUGGAGGAGGGAGUCCAGAAUGGUGUGCACCAGGAAGACCAAAACUUUGGUGUCCACUUGCGUGAUCCUGAGCGGCAUGACCAACAUCAUAUGCCUGCUGUACGUGGGCUGGGUCACCAACUACAUCGCCAGCGUGUAUGUGCGGGGGCAGGAGCCGGCGCCAGAAAAGAAGCUGGAGGAAGACAAAGGGGACACUCUGAAGAUUAUUGAGCGCCUGGACCACCUGGAGAAUGUCAUCAAGCAGCACAUCCAAGAGGCUCCUGCCAAGCCCGAAGAGGCGGAGGCUGAGCCCUUCACAGACUCCUCACUGUUUGCGCACUGGGGCCAGGAGCUCAGCCCCGAAGGCCGGCGCGUGGCCCUGAAGCAGUUCCAGUACUACGGCUACAACGCGUACCUCAGUGACCGCCUGCCCCUCGAUCGGCCCCUGCCAGACCUCAGACCCAGUGGGUGCCGUAACCUGUCGUUCCCUGACAGCCUACCAGAAGUGAGCAUCGUGUUCAUCUUUGUCAACGAGGCUCUGUCGGUGCUGCUGCGCUCCAUCCACUCAGCCAUCAAGCGCACACCCUCGCACCUGCUCAAGGAGAUCAUCCUGGUGGAUGACAACAGCAGCAAUGAGGAGCUGAAGGAGAAGCUGACGAAGUAUGUGGAUAAAGUGAACAGCCAGAAGCCGGGCUUCAUCAAAGUCGUGCGCCACAGCAAGCAGGAAGGCCUCAUCCGCUCCAGAGUCAGCGGCUGGCGGGCAGCCACUGCCCCUGUGGUGGCACUCUUUGAUGCCCAUGUGGAGUUCAAUGUGGGCUGGGCUGAACCCGUACUCACCCGCAUAAAAGAGAACCGGAAGCGGAUCAUCUCACCAUCCUUUGAUAACAUUAAAUAUGACAACUUUGAGAUAGAAGAGUACCCGCUGGCCGCCCAGGGCUUUGACUGGGAGCUGUGGUGCCGUUACUUAAAUCCCCCCAAGGCGUGGUGGAAGCUGGAAAACUCCACUGCCCCAAUCAGGAGUCCUGCCCUCAUUGGCUGCUUCAUCGUGGACCGCCAGUACUUCCAAGAGAUCGGCCUGCUAGACGAAGGCAUGGAGGUCUAUGGAGGCGAGAAUGUUGAGCUUGGGAUCAGGGUGUGGCAGUGUGGCGGCAGUGUGGAGGUCCUGCCCUGCUCGAGGAUUGCCCACAUAGAGCGAGCCCACAAGCCCUACACUGAGGACCUCACGGCGCAUGUCCGCAGGAAUGCCCUCAGGGUGGCUGAAGUCUGGAUGGAUGAGUUUAAAAGCCAUGUCUACAUGGCCUGGAACAUACCCCAGGAGGACUCAGGAAUCGACAUUGGGGACAUCACUGCAAGAAAGGCUCUAAGGAAGCAGCUGCAAUGCAAAACCUUCCGGUGGUACCUGGUCAGUGUGUAUCCAGAGAUGCGGAUGUAUUCCGACAUCAUUGCCUAUGGAGUGCUGCAGAACUCCCUGAAGACCGAUUUGUGUCUUGACCAGGGGCCAGAUACAGAGAAUGUUCCCAUCAUGUACAUCUGCCAUGGCAUGACACCCCAGUCGCCAAGAAUUGCGGCCCAGCCAUGCCCUCCUGCCUUGGAGCCAACUGAAUACAGACUGAAGCCUCCAAAAACUAACGUGUACUACACAAGCAGCCAGCAGAUCCACGUGGGCGUGCUGAGCCCCACAGUGGAUGAUGAUGACAAUCGGUGCCUGGUGGAUGUCAACAGCCGGCCUCGACUCAUCGAAUGCAGUUAUGCCAAGACCAAGAGGAUGAAGCUCCACUGGCAGUUCUCUCAGGGAGGCCCCAUCCAGAACCGCAAGUCCAAGCGCUGUCUGGAGCUUCAGGAGAACAGCGACACGGAGUUCGGCUUCCAGCUGGUGCUGCAGAAGUGCUCGGGCCAGCACUGGAGCAUCACCAAUGUCCUGAGGAGCCUGGCCUCCUGACCAACAUGGAGUUGUCACCUGCCACCCCUUUGCUACUGUGUAGCACCUGCCACAACGUGGCCUGCUGUCCUCCCGGGAUUGUUUGGAGUCUGGGGGAACCAGGUUAGGCGGCCCCUGAAAGAGCUUUUUAUUUCCUAUUCAAUUUUCAUGGAGUUUAUAGGAAGAUGCUGAAUGGUGGGUGAAGGUAUCAUAGCAUAAACUAUUUUGCAUCUGUAAAUAGGGGAAAAAUGGAAAAUAUUUAUAACAAAAUAAAAUACAAUUGAUUAAGAAAAAA